AUGCGUUGGGCACCAAAUGCGACAGUUGGAGAAUGUAUCAUUGCUUGUACAGGGAAAAAGGGCUCGUCUGAAACGCAACUAUACUUUCCAAAUUCUCUAGCACUCGAUAGUCAAAAUUCAAUGUAUGUUGGUGAUUAUUCAAACAAUCGAGUGCAAAAAUUUCAAUACCAAAUUCCAUUUUAUAAUCAACCAGAACUGAGUCCCUGUGCAGCAUGGAGUUCAGUAGGAACGACAUUUGCCGAUAAUGAAACAAUUGGAGCAAGACCUUUUGGGUUGUUUAUUGACAUUGAGAAUACAAUUUAUAUUCCCGAACGAGCAUUAAAUCGCGUGCAAAUCUGGAUGGAAGGAAGUGCAACUCCGACAUUAAAUAUCACCUUUAACUUAAGCAAUCCGAUGUCGAUCUUUGUCACAAGUGUCGGAGAUAUUUAUGUUGAUAAUGGUUCAUCAGGAAAACGAGUUGAUCGGUGGAUGAUGAAUGCGACGAUAGAUGUCCCUGCGAUGUAUGUUCAAGAUUCUUGUUACAGUGUGUUUGUUGAUAACAACAAUAGUUUUUAUUGUUCGUUGGGUGAUCUUCAUAAAGUUAUAAAAAAGCCGAUGAAUCACAUAGCGAAUCAGACGGUUCUGGUAGCUGGAAAUGGUACUGCCGGAUCGGGAUCGUAUAUGUUGAAUUCUCCUCGUGGAGUUUAUGUUGAUAAGAAAUACAAUUUGUAUCUUGCCGAUUGUGGGAACGAUCGAAUACAAUUUUAUCAAUCAGGUCGACUGAAUGGAACGACAAUUGUCGGACAAAGUGCAAAUAAUUCUUUCGAUCUCGAUUGUCCGACAGGAAUUAUUGUUGAUAAUAAUGGAUAUUUUUUUAUAUCUGAUUCGCAGAAUAAUCGCAUUAUUGCUUCGAGUUCAUAUGGUUUUCGUUGCAUCAUUGGAUGUACAAAUUCUGAAUUGAACCAUCCACAGACGAUUAGUUUUGACAAAUACGGGAAUUUAUUCGUUGUUGAUACUUAUAAUCAUCGAAUUCAAAAAUUUUCUUUAAUAAUUAAUACCUGUGUUUCUCAAUCGUUAACAACAUUCGUGGCGACAGGUUGUCUAAAUCCGUCUACUUUCGGCGUGCAUUGUAACGCAUUAAGUAAUCCUUGUGCUGCAUUGAGUCCAUGUCAAAAUAAUGGAACUUGCAAUCUCAGCAAUGCAACGUCUCUUGGUUAUAGUUGUUCGUGUCCCGCUGGUUUUAACGGUAGUCAAUGUCAAUAUAAUAAUCGACCAUGUCAAUCGAAUAUUUGUUGGAAUAAUGGGAUUUGUAAUGAAACAUCGCCAACGACAUAUGCGUGUGUAUGUGCUGCUGGAUGGGAAGGAAAGAAUUGUCAGACAAAAAUCGAUUUUUGUCAAGGAAUUACUUGUCAAAAUAAUGGAGUUUGUCGUUCGAGAUAUUUGAAUUAUACGUGUGAAUGUCUUAGUCAAAGUUAUUCGGGUCGAUUCUGUGAAAUAACAUCAACAUCAGUGCAAACACGUCAACGAGUGGCGAAAUCAUUUGGUAUCAUUGCAAUCAUCGUCUUAAUCUGUACUGUUUUAUUCGUUCUUACUCUCGACGUUAUAAAAUAUAUCUGUGGUAUUGAUGUGACUGGAAAAGAACUGGAGAAGAUUCGCGAAGAAAAACAAUUGAAAAAACAAGAACGUUCAUCGAAUCGUCGUCACAGAAAAUCACAUUCGAAAUAUGUCAAAAGACGCAUUCCGAUUAUUAUUAUCUCCAUUAUUUAA